AUGCUCAACCUAUCUGAAUGGGCUAGUGUUAAGCUCGAAGCAAUUGGUCCAGAAGGCAGAGAGGAUUUCUUUGUCUCAAAAUGUAGUAGUUUUGUCGAUCCAUUGGGCUGUACUACGAAAUUCGUGAAUGGAGAGAUAGUGGUCGAAGGAACGCUCACAUUGAAACCUGUUGCAAAAUAUUAUGAUCUUCUAUACUACAAACAUGGAUUGUUAGGACUCGUUCAAGGCAAUACCGAUUUGUAUCUGGGAUACGAAAACGAAGAUGUACAUGUACAAUUCACGAGACUGGAGCCAGAAAACUAUAGAAAAUUAACUAUCCACGAAUACAAAGCGGUUAAUAAAAAAUUCGAUAAGACACUCGAUGAGUGGGAGAGGGUUUGUUGGAGGGCGAGGAGGUUGGAUCGUUCUUCUCUUGAUUCCUCGAAUCGUUCCCGUGAAGAAGAUUUGAGCGACUGCAACAAGGGCAAAGAUUUUUGUAACAACUCUUCUUCAAUCCCACAAGAUCCAUUGAAGACUCCGGAGAAGAUGAAAUAUGUGGAAUCAAGAAACGAUUGUCAGACGUGCGAACAUCCAAAUCACACCCCGCAAAGACAAAACUUCUACGAUAAUUCUUAUGAAGAAAGCUCUGAUAAUGGAAUUCCGUAUCAGCAGAGCUAUCAGAAUUUCAGCCAAUCGUCAUCACAGUAUUAUUCUCCCAGGCCAACAGAUUUCAAUCAUCUUGAAUCUGAAAGACAAUAUUACAAUCACAGCUUUGUUCCAUCCGAAAUGGACACUGCUUCAGUUACCACCGACUCCAAUAAUUUGAUAUCUUCAAUUGGAAUGAUUGUCAGCCGACAUAAACAGAUGAUGGUUGUUUAUCUUGAUGAUUUCAGAAGAGCCGGUAUUCUUAGAUGGAAACACUUCGAUUCAUCAUUCAUAAAACUAGGUAAUUUGUUCCGUUGCGUGUGCAAACCGAUCGAAAUCCAGGAGGAAACAUUGCAUGCUUCUUACGAAGUGAUUAAAAUAAUAGAACUCGUGAACGAGCGGAACGAAACAAUAGUGAAAGAUGAGGAGUGCCAAGUUCUGGUUAAUGUCAACUUGUUCAAGCAAGAUCCCGUUUUCAAUGAUUUCACGAGGAAAUCUGGUCGUUUUGUCCUGUCAUCUGGAGACUUCGGGAAUGUUUUGAUGGAAGAUACCGUUGUAAAUGUGACAGGUCAGGUUGUACCGUCGGCUGGAGUUAUUGAGGAGUAUCGCGGUUUGCCUGGUUCGGAUACCAUGGUUGGCUAUUGCGUCUACAAAAAGUGCCUUAUCCCUCCAAUGUUGAUUGACUCGAGUUGUAGAGAAACCGCUGAGGUGGUGGCAUAUGCGUGGAGAUUGGUUAAACUUGUCAGCACAUUGACUCAUUAUAGCUUUAAUCAACAAGACAUCAAGAUCAAGAACCUAGGAGAAAAAGCUUCAACUCUUGAAAAAGAAGACGACAUCUCCCGUCAAAAAAAGCAAGCUCAAAUCCAGUUUGAAUUGGAUAACCAAAAUCGACAAGGUUCCUCAAGCGUUGGUUUUCAUCAAAGACCACAGUCAUCGUCGAAUUAUGAAAACUUUGCUACACCACAAGGAUCGGUCUACAACCAUCGCAUGGAAUCUUCUCAAAGCUAUAGAACCGCAAAUGAGUAUCGAUUGGGAUCCCAGAGAGCAUCAUCACCAAGCUUGAGAUCGGAAAUUACCCAACCCGGCUACAAUGCCAAUAUGACUCCUACUUUCCGUUCCACUCCUCAACCGAUGCAACACUAUGAUUUACAAGCUGACAAUGAAAAAAUUCUCCGUAUGUUGGAAGUUUUGAACGAACGGGUAUCUGUGUUCACGAGAAAUCCCGACACCAGAGAAGUGAUGCAUUCGUUGGCACCGGGACAUCUAGCAAUGUUGGAAGAAGCGAUGGAGUCUUCGGAAAAGGUAUGUAUUCUUGGUCACUGA